CGUCUCUGUGCAAAGAAGGAAAACAAGGAAAUGGUGGAGGGAGAGCCUGCCACUUAUUCCAUGUAACGACCCACCGGCGGCGGGCAGGGAGCGGGCACACGGCGCAUUGAUGGGUUAAACACGCGGGCCGGCCAGCCCACGAGCAUGGAUUACGAGUUCAAGAGCAAGCUGUCCGCCGAGCGGGAGAAGGUGGAGGAUCUGUUCGAGUAUGAAGGCUGCAAAGUGGGUCGGGGCACCUAUGGGCAUGUUUACAAAGCCAAGAGGAAGGACGGGAAGGAUGAGAAAGAAUAUGCACUGAAGCAAAUUGAAGGUACCGGAAUAUCUAUGUCGGCCUGCAGGGAGAUUGCACUGUUACGUGAAUUGAAGCAUCCAAAUGUGAUUGCAUUACAAAAAGUAUUCCUGUCUCACAGCGAUAGAAAAGUUUGGCUGCUCUUUGAUUAUGCUGAACAUGACUUAUGGCAUAUCAUCAAGUUUCAUCGUGCCUCAAAAGCAAAUAAAAAGCCCAUGCAACUGCCACGACCGAUGGUCAAGUCAUUGCUCUAUCAGAUUCUUGAUGGAAUCCAUUAUCUGCACGCAAACUGGGUGCUGCACAGAGACCUGAAACCAGCAAACAUCCUGGUAAUGGGGGAAGGUCCUGAGAGAGGAAGAGUCAAGAUAGCUGACAUGGGUUUUGCCAGACUGUUCAAUUCUCCUCUAAAACCACUAGCAGACUUGGAUCCAGUUGUGGUGACAUUUUGGUACAGAGCUCCAGAAUUGUUGCUCGGUGCACGACAUUACACUAAGGCCAUAGAUAUUUGGGCCAUUGGCUGCAUUUUUGCUGAACUGUUGACUUCUGAACCUAUUUUUCAUUGUCGCCAAGAAGAUAUUAAAACAAGCAAUCCAUUCCAUCAUGACCAGCUGGAUCGCAUAUUCAGUGUAAUGGGAUUUCCUGCAGAUAAAGAUUGGGAAGAUAUACGAAAAAUGCCAGAAUAUCCCACAUUGCAAAAAGACUUCAGGAGAACAACGUAUGCCAACAGCAGUCUGAUAAAAUACAUGGAGAAACACAAAGUGAAGCCCGACAGCAAAGUUUUCUUGUUGCUUCAAAAACUUCUCACUAUGGACCCUACAAAAAGAAUAACAUCUGAACAGGCAUUGCAGGAUCUCUACUUCCAGGAGGACCCUUUGCCAACGUUAGAUGUGUUUGCAGGAUGCCAGAUUCCAUAUCCAAAACGAGAGUUUCUAAACGAGGACGAGCCAGAGGAAAAAGCUGACAAGAACCAACAGACUCAGAAUCAGCAUCAACAGCAGGCAGCAACUCAGCAACAGCAAGUUCAGCAGCAGAAUAGCAGUCAGACUAAUGGUACCAGUGGUGCAGGCGGAGCGGCAGGAGCAGCACUACAACACAGCCAAGAUUCCAGUCUUAAUCCAGGACCUCCGAAUAAGAAACCACGUAUGGGGCCUUCAGCCAAUAACUCUGGUGGACCCUCCUUGAUGCCUUCUGACUAUCAGCACUCCACGUCACGUCUGGGUUACCAAAGCAAUGUUCAGGGAUCUUCCCAGCCGCAGAAUACAAUGGGCUACUCCACGACAUCUCAACAAAGCUCACAGUACCAUCAGUCUCACAGGUACUAAGUAGAUGGUCAGCAAACAAAAUCCAAGAACGUCCGAUGCUCCAGUUGUAUGAAGCUAAGACUUAAAAAAAAAAGCAAUGCACAUCUAGAACUCUUAAUGGAAAACAUAUGUGUGGACUCUUCAGAACUCUGUGUUCUCUGUUUAUACACAUCAGUGCGAGUUUGGAUAUCCAAUUCCCUAUCUACCUUGAUUUUCUUAAACCUUUCCGUGUUCUUUGUUGCAGUCACAUUGAUCAAAAUAUGUGAUUUGAAGCCAGCACUUACACUUCUUUACCAAUUUUAAAGUAAAUAGUAUUUUUAUUUGUGCAGCUUGUCUAUGCUGUAGCAGUGACAAUGGUUUAUAACUCUAGAGGCUGCUCAGUUGGACCUCAUAGUGUUGUAUAAAGAAAUCUGUAAGCUUUCUAGUUGUGUAUAGUUUUGUAUUUGUAAAAAAAAAAGAAAGAAAAAAAGAAAAACAAAA